GAAUUAGAUUAUUGGGGGUUCUGAGGACUGAGCAGCUGCGACUGAGCGUCAUUGAUUUGCUUGAUUAUUUGGAUGGUAUCUCAAAGGAAAUCUCAUCAGCUGGAGAGUAAUGGCAGGAAUCAUCCAGUUCAAAUUCGAGAAUCCAUACGAGGAAGACAUGGCGAUUCGAGACGACCUGCGACCAGUGGCCUUGAAAACAUUAUAAACGAACUCUUGAAGAAGGACCUGGAUCCCUACUUGGAACCUUUCCUGCGAAGAGUGGUACGACAAGAGGUGGAACGUAAAAUACAAGAAUACCUAUUUCCAAGAGCAGCAACGCCUUGUCAGGAUGGCACAUCUGGCGCCAAACCCUUAGAGCUGCGUUUUAUUAAUGAACCGCCCGAAACAACAUUCGCAUACUCUAAUGUCAUAGCUGAGGAUGAGGAGACACCGCUUAAGAUUGCUCUUUUUGAUGUGAGAUCUCAAUCUGUGGUGAGCAAUGGUCCUUUGUCCUCUACAAAGGUAGAGAUCUUCGCCCUCGACGGUGAUUUCUGUUCCAAAAGGUGUGAGGAUUGCACUGAAGAAGAAUUCAAUGCAAAUAUCUUAUCCCCAAGGGAGGGCAAGGGGUCAUUGCUGAUUGGAGAUCGGAUCAUUACUCUAAAAAAUGGGGUUGGUUGUAUCACUAAACUUAAGUUCACUGACAACUCGCGCUGGAUAAGAAGCAGAAAGUUCGGCUUGGGAGCCAAAGUUUUGCAACGAACUUCGUGUGCAGGAAGCAUAAAGGAAGGUGUAAGUAAACCUCUCGUGGUAAAAGAUAAAAGAGGAGAGCUGGACAAGAAACAUCACCCUCCAUAUUUGAAUGAUGAUUUAUGGCGUUUGGAGAAGAUAGCUAAAAAUGGUAAAAUUUACCAGCGACUUUGUGACUACGGAAUAAGGACGGUUGGGGAUCUUGUGCGGUCUUACAACAUUGACCAAUCUUCAUUGCUUGAGAAAGUUGGCAAUAUUCCCAGGAAGUUAUGGGCGGCAAUAACUGAACAUGCCGGGAAAUGUGUUAUAGAUGAUUACAACCUUUACAUGUAUCAAUCAGCAGAACAACGUGUAGGCCUGCUCUUCAAUUCUAUUUACAUCCUUGUAGGAGUGACGUUUGAUGGCCAAAACUACUGUUCUCCAGAUAUUCUUGCCCCAGCUGAUAAGCAUUUGGUGGAAGUGGUGAAGCAGCAUGCUUACAAAAAUUUGAAUGAUUUAAAAUCAGUUGGUGAUCAGACGUGUUUUAACUUUCAGAGGCACCUGACAUAUCCACAAGCUGGGCAGGCUAGUGGUCCAGAUCAAGGUCUCCAACAGUUUAAUUUCCCAAUAGCACAGCAAGGUCAAAUUGAAACAUGGGCAGGUUCUGAUCAACCAUCUACUUCAUAUGCUGAUGAAGGAAUGCAAAAUGACCAAAUAUACGCUAGUCCGUUUCCAGACUUGGCAUCAAUGCUACAGAACAGUUCAGCAGUAGGUGAAUUGUUCCCUGGAAUGCAAACUGAAGGGAAUAAUUGGCCCCAUGUUGGAUCGCCUUGGACAGAGAACGAAAGCUGGCAUAUUCAAUUCACAAACUGGGGCCAAGAAAAUGGCUUACAUUUCAAUUCAUAUGGCGGAGUGGAAUUUGGCAGCCUUUCUAACGGUGGUAUGGCCACAACUGAGAAACCAAAAGCAGUGUGGUAUAAGAUUCGUACCGCUCUCAAAUGGGUCAUAUCAGUGAGAAGGGAUGCAGCUGCCAAGAGGGUGGCAAAGCUAAUUUACUAUAAUUGUUAGAAUUACUAGGCAGAUUGAUGCGUUGGAAUUAAUUAUGUUCCUAUUCCUUUAUUCUUGUUAUUAUUUUUUAAACUGUCAACUGCAAGGAAGAAAAACACGAGGAUGGAGUCCUUUGUAUGCGUAGUGUCAAUCUAUCUAUCUAUUUAAAAUUGUUAUUCUUUUACCCCUUGUAAAAUACGUUCUGUCCAUACUCAAUAGUGCUGAAGUCGUCGAUUAGAGUCCUACCUGAUUAUUUUUCUUCUUAAAGCAUUCAGUGUAUAAAAACCGAUGUGAAAAAAAAGGUCAUUAUUUAUUAAUUUUUCUUAAUUUUUUGCUCA